AUGUCCAAACAGCUAGUCGAGUUCCAGGAGUACCUCAAGACAUGUCGCAAGAUCGUUGCGCUUGUGGGGGCAGGACUAUCAGUGUCUUCCGGGUUACCGACUUUUCGAGGUUCUCAAGGCUUAUGGAAGAAUUUUAACAUGAUUGACUUGGCUACUCCAGAUGCAUUCUACAUUGACCCAGGAUUGGUAUGGCAAUUCUACUCGUGGCGAAGGUAUAACGCCCUUCAAGCAAAACCAAAUAAGGGCCAUUUGGCCCUAAGUGCACUUUCGAAUUUGGCUACAAGGAAGGAUUCUAAUCUCGAGUAUAUCACUAUUACUCAGAAUGUAGAUGGCUUGCUGAGCCGAAGCGGACAUGCUAAGGAGAACCUCUACGAGAUCCACGGCUCAUUGUUCAAUUUAAAUUGCACCAGCUUCAUGUGCAACUAUGUAGAUAGAAACAACCUCAAGCAUCCACUCACAAAAGCUCUAGAAGGCACAGAGUAUGAAUACGAUAGAAAGAACAGAAAGAGAAGUUUGGAAGAAGACGAUUCCAGUCACCAAGUGGACUAUAGCAUAUCACCGCAGUUUCGACCGGUUAAAAACAUUCCAGAGCUGGAACUCCCGCAGUGUCCGGUUUGCAAGGAUGGGUCUUUAUUACGACCCGGAGUAGUUUGGUUUGGCGAGUCUCUCCCACUCAACGUAAUGAACUCUGUAGACAACUUCAUAGAGCUGAACAACUCGGUGGACUUAAUCCUUGUUAUUGGAACUAGUGGAACCGUGUAUCCGGCGAAUAGUUAUGUAGACAGAGUCAAGGUCAAGGGAGGAAAAGUGGCCAUUUUCAAUACCGAUAUCGAAGAGGAUAUCUUACAGGGAAUUGUCAAGGAUACGUGGGGGUUUCGUGGUGAUGCCGCCGAGUUGCUCCCGAUAGCAUUAAAGCCAGUCAUUGGCGAAGUAUGA